AUGCAGCUUGGACGUCAGCUGCAUGCAGCACUCAAGAUGAUGUUCUACGAAGUCCAACCAGCACAAGCCCAUCGCGACGAUGUCCGUGAAAGAAAUGUUGUUUCGAGAGAAAUCGCCGCAAAUGACGAACGACAGUCUAAGAAAAGCAAACUGAAACUCGCCGACAAACCGAUAGUGGACCGACCGACCGACCUCGGAAUGUUGUGCAACGAUGAACGCACAGUUUCAACGAAAAAUCGGGGCGCUAUGAAGUUACGGCCAUUAUGGUCGCUAAUCGCUGACUGCUCACCCAGACAGUGUUCGAGAAACUCAAGAGGGCGUAGUUGCACACAUCAUCUCAAACAUGACGUGCUUGCUAGUUUAGUACGCCAUCCUUCAAAAGUGUUUGGAACUGCCUCAGUUUACGAAGGAGGUCCAAUGGGCACAAUUGAGGGGUGUUCGUCUGAUAGCGAUGACGAUUUGUACACGAGAAGCGUUAGCUUACAGGAAGUAAGAGGUGCUGUUACCACAAGAAACACCACGACUGAAAUCUCCUCGGUUAAAAAUAAGUGUGUACAAGAAAAAGUAGAUGUUGUGGUCCUUGAUGAUGAUGAAUCGCUUGACCUGCCCGAUUCAGACUGCGCAUUUCCAACGAAAGCAAAGCAGUCGCGUCGAAAACGCGUGGAACAGUUAGCGCAGAAGGAAUUAUUAGAACUAGAGGAGAUUUUAUCUGAGCCCGUCAUACAAGUAGUAGCUCCCUGUCCAAAACGAACAAGACGUAUCAGGACGUAUGACCGCCCUGGCAAUACCAUUGACAUAGACAUUGUUAGUGAUGAUGCUACACCAUCUUCUGUCAAGACCUGUAAACAAAGCGGCGAAACGUCUGCUACUUCUGAUGUAAUCGAACUAGAUAAGGAGGUCAACCUAUUCGUGACUGUAUUCCUUGACCAAGAUAAUGGAAAGACAGGACGUUUCAUGAGCAUACUUCAUGAUGAACCGUUCGAUAAGCUGCGACCAGAAUUUGCAAAGGAACUGAAAUGUAAUCAGUUGGAUGUAAUGAUUCAUGUAAAUAAUGUGGAUGCUGGUCCUGGUGACACACCUGACUCGAUGGGUCUCGAUAUAGAAAAGCUUGCACUGGUGAACGUGUUCUGUUUAAAACCUAAUUCUAACUCUGAUGAAGAUCUUAGCAGCGACCCAAACUUUAUUCCAGUGAGAUGUAUUUUUGAGAGCGGACGACCUCGUUGUGUAUAUUUAAAACUGACCGAAACGUUUGCGGAUGCUAAAAAGCGAAUAGAAAAAGCGCUGCAACUAUCGAGUGGCGUAGAAAGGCUUGUGUUUGAUAAUGACGUCCUAGACGACUCUGACACACCGACGUCUAUUGAUAUGGAAGCUGAAGAUGUCAUUGAAAUUCAUUUGAAAAAGUCCCUGUGA